AUGAUGGGCUGGAGUGCUGCUGCUGUGACCCGAGGCAGAGAGGCCGUAGAGGAGCAAGACGAACGAGGCGCACCCAGGGCAAUAUUCACACCGGGUCAAAAGGAUGGUAUGGCAGAGGUCAGCCGUACCCGAAGCGCUGAGGUUGGCGCCGUUGCAACCUCGAUGGAUUGGGCUUCUCUGCUUGGUCACGCUAGCGACGGAUGCAGCCAACCUCUUCAUGCCCUGCCACAGCUGCUCGCCCGUGGCGUCAUUGCUGGGCUGGCUGUCUCCAGCAAUACGACACAACAGCCACACCGAUGGCCUUGGGCAGCCAUGCCAAUUGCCGCAAAAGGUCGCCUUGUGCGCGUCACUGCGGCUGAGAUUGGUACCCACACAUUCCUUCAUUCCAUUGUGCCGCCCACCCUGCUCCAGCAAGGAACCAUCGCGACCGCAAACAUCUCGCGACCCCACAUGCAAACAACGUCUUUCAUAAAGUCCAGCAUAACCUUCUCUGCCCAGCCCCAGAACCGCUUGUCGGCACGCAACAGCGCAGACAACCAAGGACCUAGUGACAUCAGCAAACACGACCGUAACCUGUAA